AUGUCACGCGGUUUCAAGGCUCUACGAAGGUCCAUCAAGGGUGGAGAGAAGGACUCCAAACCUCAUAUUACUAUUCAACCGAAAUCUGCCGUCGCCAUCGUCCCUCCAAAGAAGGUUAUAAAAGCUCUCUACGAUUACGAAGCACAAAAUGCACAGGAGCUUAGCUUUUCACGCGGCGAUUUCUUCCAUGUCAUCGGUCGUGAAAAUGACCCAGAGUGGUACGAGGCGUGCAACCCUGCGCUACCAGACGCUCGUGGUCUCGUGCCCGUCGCUUAUUUCCAGGCCCUUGGACGUACGGAACGCGAUAGCGGCCAGUCUCAAACCGGUUCCCUGGGUUUGAAGACCGUAGACAGUGAUUCGGGAUACGGCGAAGGCUCGGCGGCCUCGCCUCCUGGAGCAAACGCCGCACAUCGGAUGUCGAAAACACCUGGCAAGAAUGGAGCCAUGGUUUAUGGUGUUGUUUUGUACGAUUUCCAAGCCGAACGGGCAGACGAAUUGGAAGCCAAACAGGGCGAGGCCAUCAUUGUCAUUGCCCAGUCGAACCCCGAAUGGUUCGUGGCUAAGCCCAUUGGAAGACUUGGCGGCCCGGGUCUAAUUCCCGUAUCCUUUGUUGAGAUCCGGGACAUGGCGAGUAACACCCCUGUCCCGAACCCGCAUGAUGCCAUACGAAAAGCUGGGAUUCCAAAGGUCGAGGAGUGGAAGAAGAUGGCUGCGGAAUACAAGAACUCGAGCAUAACGCUCGGCAAGUUUGAUGUUGGUGGUGGCGGUGGUGGUCAACAACCACUUGACCAGGCCAUGAACCGCUUAACUUUGCAAGGAAGCGCCCGGUUGAGCCAGCAGACUACUCAUACCCAGGUACGUCAACAGAUACAGGCUCAAGGACAACCCUAUUCGAGGCCAGCCUCGACACUAUACGCACCCAUCGCAGCCAGGGUUCCGAGGUACUGCUUUGCCGAGGACAAGUACUGGUUUGUUAUUGAAGCCGAACUGGAGGAUGGUCGAUGCUUCGAACUUUCGCGAUACUACGAGGAUUUCUACGACUUCCAAAUCGCGCUCCUAACCGAGUUCCCUCUUGAAGCUGGAACUACAGGCGGCAAGCAGCGGACGCUACCCUACAUGCCCGGUCCUGUUAAUUACGUGACUGAUGCGAUUACGGAAGGCCGCCGCCACAACCUUGACUCUUACGUUAAAAGUCUACUGGAACAACCGCCACACAUCUCCCGCUGUAACCUGGUCAAGCAGUUCUUUUCUCCUAGAGAGGGUGAUUACGAAAUCGACCCUAGCGUUGCUCGCGAGGAAUACCGAUUCUCGGGAGGAUCUGGUCCGUCCUCUGACUCACCAGCCGACGGCCUCUCACUACAGAGCACAGCCGGCAACAGAUAUUCUGCCGGCCUCGGUGUUCCUCAGAGGCAGCUGAGCAUUGGUAACGGCCAACAGAUUCCGGGACCUGGGCAGGCUUCACAGACCUCAUUGUCACCUGCUAUUAUGCAGGGUGGUUCACAAAUGAAGGUGAAACUGCACUUCAACGGCGACAUCAUCGCCAUCCGCGUACCCACUGAUAUUCCAUUCCAAGCUCUCCAUGACAAGAUUUUGGAUCGUCUCAAGAUUCCUCAGGGCGAGCACGUUCAGCUAAGUUACAAGGACGACGCGAGUGGCGAGAAGCCCCCUCUGAUGAACGACGAAGAUCUGGAUAUUGCACUGCAACGGAACGAAAAGCUGCUUGUUUACGUGGAAUAAUGGACUGACGGACUUUGAAACCCCAACCCAUACAUGUUUGUUGGCCAUAUCCCGAUACACAGCGCAUUCGGAUACCAUGGUCACAUGCGCCAUGUUUCACGAACAUUUGAUUCGAAGGCAGCAACUGGGUAACCUAAGCGCUCGGCCUUCAAAAGUCACGCCAGAUGGCUACAUACACGAGCAAGGCGAGCAACGUGGAGGGAAAUACUCAUUUGGGCACUCAGUUACGUACCAUCUUUCUCGUCGACGGCUGCCAACAAAUUGCUCUUCAUCCAACACACAAUGCGAUAUCUAUACUCCACGCAAUAUACCCAAACGCAUACGUAAAUCAUAUAGGACUUCGCGGUUCAGUCGUUGUAAUACAUUUCGAAUUGAUCGGCUCGU